AUGGCAAGUGCAAUUGUUCCUGAAGAGCUGAGAGAUGGUAACUAUGAUAGUUGGAGUGGCUGUAUGAAAAACUAUCUGUUGGCUCAUGAUCUCUGGGACAUUAUUGAAGGGCCGAAUAGCAGCACCGAACCUCCUCCUCAUGAUGAAGCGGAAUAUAAGGUUUGGAGGAAGAAAAAUGCCACAGCUUUACAUGCCAUUCAAAUUUCGUGUAGGCCAUAUAUAUUUCGUAGGAUUGAAAGCACCGAUUCAGCCAAAACUGUUUGGGAUAAUUUGGCCAAUUCGUUGAGAAAGAGAUUGCCAGUAUCGCAAGGCAAGAAUGCCGGCGACAUUCCAACUUCUGACACAGACACAGACUCCGACUCCGACUUUUCUGACACAGACUCUGUCUCUGCAGACAAAAAAAGAGAGCCAUUUGCAUCAUCACAAAGCACGGGCGCCGCUAAUUUUCGAACAGACUCCGCGUCUUCGGACAAAAAACAAGAGCCAUUGACAUCAUCACAGCGCAAUGGAGCUGAUCCUGUCUCUUCGAACAUAAAACAAGAGCCAUUGGCAUCAUUACAACACAAUGGACCAGGAGUUGUUAAGGAUGAAAAUUUUCAAUUUGCUGGCCUAGCAAAUUCUGUAUAUAGAGGUGAUUGGCAUUCCACGAGAAGCUUUCUUGUCCGACAUCCAGGCGUAGUAAAUGCGAAGAUUACAUCCUUUGGCCACACUGCCCUUCACAUAGCUACUCUUGCUGGAAAUGUGGAAAUUGGAAGAAAGUUGGUGGAGUUAAUGUCAAAAGAAGCCUUGGCAAUACAGGAUGGCAGCGGUUACACAGCCCUUCAUCAUGCUGCUAGCCGAGGAAUCGCUAAAAUGGCCAGGUAUAUGGUUGAAAAGGAUGAAACCUUAGUUGCCAUUACAAGUAAAUGCCAAUGGAUCCCGAUUGUAGCGGCUUGUGCAAAUAACCAUAGGGAUACAACUGUCUAUCUUUUCUCAGUAACUCCUUUUGAACUGCUGUCUCAAUAUCAAAAUGGCAUCCAUGGAUCUUUACUCCUCCAACAUGCUAUAACAUCAAAAAUGUUAGGUAAUAUCUGCACUGUUUAA